AAUAAUGCAAGACAAAACAAACUGGUCCAAAGACUAAAAAUCAACAUUAUUACUCUUCUGCUCGCGUGUGCUUAUAAAUAUAGAAAAAAAUAUUUACACAGAGAGAGAGAAAGAGAGAGAGAUGGGAUCACUGAAGAACGAAGAAGAAGUUGAACAAUCAAACGAAGCGAUCUUGUAUGUUAAUGGGGUUCGUAGAGUUCUCCCAGAUGGGCUAGCUCACUUGACUUUACUUGAGUAUCUUAGAGAUGUAGGUCUGACAGGAACAAAGCUAGGUUGUGGUGAAGGCGGUUGUGGGGCAUGCACUGUGAUGGUUUCUUAUUUCAACGAAAAUUUGAAGAGGUGUCGGCACCAUGCGGUCAAUGCUUGCCUCACUCCUCUCUAUACAGUAGAAGGUAUGCAUGUAAUUACGGUGGAAGGAGUUGGGAGUGGAAGACAUGGAUUGCAUCCAGUUCAGGAAUCAUUAGCACGUUCUCACGGAUCACAAUGUGGAUUCUGUACUCCUGGUUUUGUCAUGUCCUUGUAUGCAUUAUUAAGAUCAAGUCGAACACCUCCGACUGAAGAACAAAUUGAAGAAAGUCUAGCUGGAAAUUUGUGUCGAUGCACAGGUUACAGACCAAUUGUGGAUGCAUUUCGAGUCUUCUCCAAAACAGAUGAUUUGUUAUACACCGAAGGAUCUCAAGUGACUAAAGUGGGUGAAUUCAUAUGUCCUGGAACUGGUAAGCCAUGUUCCUGUGGCCCAAAAGAUGCAAGCACUGAAGAAACCAGUAAACAAAGUUGUGAGGGGAACAAUUAUUAUAAAGCUGUUUCUUACAGUGAGAUUAGUGGAAGUGCAUACACCAAUAAAGAGCUCAUAUUCCCUCCCGAGUUGUUGUUGCGGAAAUUGAGCUACUUAAGUAUGAGAGGAUUUGGAGGGCUGAAGUGGUACCGACCUUCAAGACUGUCACAUGUUCUAGACUUACGAUCAAGAUAUCCUGAUGCAAAAUUAGUUGUAGGUAACACUGAGGUGGGAAUCGAGAUGAGGCUAAAGAGAAUCCAUUACCCUGUUCUGAUAUCUGUUACACAUGUACCAGAACUUAAUUUAGUAAAUGUGACUGAAAAUGGAUUGGAGAUUGGCUCUUCUGUUAGACUCUCUGAAUUUCUCGAGAUUCUUCAGAAGGUUACUAAAGAACGUGCUUCUCAUGAAACUUCUGCUUGUAGGGCAUUCAUUGAACAGAUAAAAUGGUUUGCAGGGAAACAGAUUAGAAAUGUUGCUUCAGUUGGUGGAAAUAUCUGUACUGCAAGCCCAAUAUCAGACUUAAACCCUCUCUGGAUGGCUGCAGGAGCAACGUUCCGAAUAAUUGACUGCAAAGGAAACAUUAGAACAACACUGGCAGAAAAAUUCUUCCUGAGCUAUCGUAAGGUGGAUUUGACCACUGGUGAGAUUCUACUCUCAGUAUUCUUGCCUUGGACUCGGCCAUUUGAACUUGUUAAAGAAUUUAAGCAAGCUCAUCGGAGAGAUGAUGAUAUUGCAAUUGUAAAUUCUGCGAUGCGUGUUUUCCUCGAGGAAAAGGAUCAGCAGUGGAUUGUUUCAGAUGCAUCAAUCGUCUAUGGUGGCGUUGCUGCUCUCUCUCUUUCUGCAUCAAGAACUAAAGAUUUCCUUAUUGGAAAGAGUUGGAAUAGAGAGUGUCUGCUGGGUGCUCUUAAGGUUUUGGAACAAGAUAUUGUAAUUAAGGAAGAUGCACCUGGAGGUAUGGUUGAGUUCCGAAAAUCUUUGACCUCGAGCUUCUUUUUUAAAUUCUUCAUGUGGAUCUCAUAUCAAAUGGAAGGACAGAAAUCAUUCAUGGAACGCAUGCCAUCAUCUUACUUAUCCGCUGUGCAAUCGUUUCAUCGGCCAAGCGUCAUAGGAAGUCAGAACUUCGAGAUUAGAAAACACGGGAACUCUGUGGGAUCUCCUGAGAUUCAUCUAUCAGCCAGACUACAAGUGACUGGAGAGGCUGAGUACACAGAUGAUGCACCGAUGCCGCCCAACAGUUUACAUGCUGCUAUGGUAUUGAGUGAGAAACCUCAUGCUCGUAUCCUUUCUAUAGAUGAUUCAGAAGCCAAGAGUUCACCAGGAGUCGAAGGUAUAUUUUUUGCUAAGGAUAUACCUGGAGAUAAGAUGAUUGGGCCAGUUAUUGCAGAUGAGGAGCUUUUUGCUACAGAUAUUGUCACCUGUGUUGGUCAGGCAAUAGGAGUUGUUGUAGCCGAUACACACCAAAAUGCAAGAAACGCUGCUGGAAAAGUUCGCGUUAAAUAUGAAGACUUGCCAGCAAUUUUAUCAAUAGCUGAUGCUGUUAAAAAUAAAAGCUUUCAUCCGAACACGGAAAGAACAUUGACCAAAGGGGAUGUAGAACUCUGUUUCCAAUCUGGUGAAUGUGACAGGGUAAUUGAAGGGCAGGUCCAGAUUGGCGGUCAAGAGCACUUCUACUUGGAGCCAAAUAGCAGCUUGGUAUGGACAAUCGAUGGUGGCAAUGAAGUCCACAUGAUCUCAUCAACUCAAGCCCCUCAAAAGCACCAAAAGUAUGUUUCUCAUGUUCUUGGGCUUCCAAUGUCCAAAGUGGUAUGCAAGACCAAAAGAAUUGGUGGUGGAUUUGGUGGGAAGGAGACAAGGUCAGGUUUCCUUGCUGCCGUGGCAGCUGUUCCAUCUUAUCUGCUUAAGCGCCCUGUGAAACUCACUUUAGACAGGGACAUAGAUAUGAUGACUACUGGGCAGCGGCAUAGCUUUCUGGGAAAUUACAAGGUUGGGUUUACAAAUGACGGGAAGGUGCUUGCACUGGAUCUUGAAAUUUUCAACAAUGCCGGAAAUUCACUUGACCUUUCUCUUGCUAUACUCGAGCGUGCUAUGUUUCAUUCGGAUAAUGUUUAUGAGAUACCAAAUGUCAGGGUCAAAGGAAGAGUUUGUUUUACAAAUUUUCCUAGCAACACUGCCUUCCGAGGUUUUGGUGGUCCUCAAGGCAUGCUAAUUACCGAAAACUGGAUACAAAGAAUUGCAAUGGAAGUUCAAAGAAGUCCAGAAGUUAUAAGGGAAAUUAAUUUUAUUAGUGAGGGAUCAGUAUUGCAUUUUGGGCAGAAAAUCGAACAUUGUACUCUAGAGAGAUUAUGGAAUGAAUUGAAAACAUCAUCUGCCUAUUCAAGUGCCAGGGAGAAUGUGGAACAGUUUAAUCUGCAGAACAGGUGGAAGAAACGUGGAAUCGCUAUGGUUCCGACAAAGUUUGGGAUCUCAUUUACUACCAAGUUCAUGAAUCAGGCGGGCGCUCUUGUUCAGAUUUACACAGAUGGAACUGUUUUAGUUACCCAUGGGGGUGUCGAAAUGGGGCAAGGUUUGCACACAAAAGUUGCUCAAAUUGCUGCCUCUUGCUUCAAUAUUCCUCUCAGUUCUGUAUUCAUAUCAGAAACAAGUACCGACAAGGUUCCCAACGCCUCACCUACAGCAGCUUCAGCUAGUUCUGAUAUGUACGGAGCUGCAGUGUUAGAUGCAUGCGAGCAACUAAAAGCAAGGAUGCAACCGAUUGCUUUAAAACAUAAUAUCUGUUCUUUUCCUGAGUUGGCAAAUGUUUGUCACAUGGAGAGAAUAGAUUUGUCAGCCCAUGGAUUCUACAUUACACCUGAUAUUGGCUUUGAUUGGAAAAUUGGCAACGGGAAGCCAUUCAGCUACUUCACAUAUGGAGCUGCUUUUGCUGAGGUAGAAAUCGACACAUUGACCGGAGAUUUUCACACCAGGACUGCAGAUGUUUGCUUGGAUCUUGGGUUCUCCAUAAAUCCAGCUCUCGAUGUCGGACAGAUUGAAGGAGCAUUUAUACAGGGUCUAGGAUGGGUAGCUUUGGAAGAGUUAAAAUGGGGGGAUGCAGCUCAUAAAUGGGUCUCACCUGGCCGCUUGUUCACAAGUGGGCCUGGUAGCUAUAAAAUCCCAUCUAUUAAUGAUCUACCUUUUAAUUUCAAGGUUUCACUUUUGAAGGAUGCUCCUAAUGUCAAGGCCAUCCACUCCUCUAAAGCAGUAGGUGAACCUCCAUUCUUUCUUGCUUCAGCUGUAUUUUUCGCCAUCAAAGAUGCGAUUAUAGCUGCAAGAGCUGACGCCGGACACACUGGGUGGUUCCCUCUUGAUAAUCCUGCGACUCCAGAAAGAAUACGAAUGGCUUGUGCAGAUGAGUUUACAAAUCCAUUUGCUGCCAGUGAUUUUCGUCCCAAGCUAAGUGUAUGACUGUAUUCAAUACUGCAUUCAUGUACAGUUGCCUAAAAAGUCUAAAAAUGUUCCAGAUCUAUUUUGCCAGUCUAUAAUAAAAUAAAAUGUUUAAAU